AAGUAGGUUAGAUGGAUACUUCCCAUAAGAACUCGAAGCCGUCCGAUUAGUCCCGAUUUGAUCUUUGUUUCGAGCGUUGACCAAUUGACUAACCGGGAUGUUCCUGGAAGCGCCAAAGAGAAACCUAUCGCGCUAAGUUUCAACCUCCCUACGUCUACUACAUAUUAAAAACGAAGAAGGAAAAAUAACAGCUCUUAUAUUAAGAUUCAAGAAGUCGCAGAAAAAGAUUAUAGCUUUCGACAUGGGUUCAUCAAGAAAAGCAAUUCUUGUAAUUACUCUGUUAUUAUUUUCACUUUUUCUUCUUCUGUGCACAACGUUUGCUGCUUCUGGUGGCAGAAUGGGCGGUAAUUCUUUCUCCAAGUCUAAGCGAUCAUCAUCUUCUUCUUCUCCUUAUCGUUCGUCAUCUUCAAAUUAUCAUCACCAUCACUAUCAUCGGAGUAGAGGGUACAGUUCGUCACCAUCAUCGGAAUUUCAGAUGAGUAAAUGGACCUUUGUCAUCAUAAUUUGCGGUGUUUUGGCGAUUCUCUUUUGGUUUGGCCAUCUCAGUGCUAAGAAAAAUAAAGGCAGUGUUAUAAUGGUUCAGAUCGGAUUGACGGGCAAGGCUACGUCACUUCAGAAAGAGCUCAAUGAAAUUGCCAAAACUACAGACACAUCUUCAUCAGAGGGAUGGAAACUCAUACUGGCAGAAACCGCAUCAGCUCUGCUCCGACACCGGCAGUACAUCAUCUCUGGUUAUUCAUCUGUGAAUAAGCACGGGGAUGCUGAAAUUAUAGAAAAGAACUUUAGACGGCUCUCAGCGGAAGAAAGAGAGAAAAUUGACAUGGAGUCUCUGGUCAAUAUCAACAAUGUCAGGAGGCAAAGAGCAGUUAUUCCUAAAGCUAGCAAACUUCGCAAAGAUUUCCUUGUGGUGACAGUUCUCAUAGCUGCGAAAGGUUUGCAUAAAGUUCCUGCCAUUAGAAGCAUUGAUGACUUGAAAAAAGUUUUACGAAGUCUGAAUUUUGCUUCUGAAGAACUGCUGGCUGUUGAGGUGCUCUGGACUCCACAGGAUGAGGCUGAUACUUUGUCAGAGGAGGAAUUGCUUGAAGAUUACCCACUCCUGAGACCUAUUUGAUUUAUUGGCAAUGCUCUCUGUUCUGAAGUAGACAAGAAUUGAAAUGAUGCUUUUACUUUUGACAGGAAAUUAGUGUUACAUUUAGGAACAUAUCUUAAGAACUUCAUUCCAUUUAUUGCAUAGGAUCCACUUGCAUUCUAGCAUACCGUUAGUAUAUAUCCUUCCAGUUCUAAGAUGAUUGUCUAAGCCAUUGUUUGACAGCUUAUUAUUAUGAACUGUUGAGAACUCAAUACCCUAGGUAGAAAGGAUGAACACUUCCAAAUGCCUUUUUUCCUUCCUCUUAUAAUUUAAAUUACCUAAGAAAUUUUAUUUUUUUGUUGUAUUAGCAAUUUUGAGUUGAAUAAUAAAUUAAAUAAAUUUGGCUUUAGUGCAAUUUUGAUGAA